AUGCAGUUUCUGGAGGGCAGGUUCAUUACUGAAGGCAAUGUCAACCCAGUGAGCAGGGCCAUUAAAAAGAAAUGCACCUUGGAUGCUGCAACCUUUGCUGUUGUUCUGAGAUACUACUGGAUGUACUUCACAUACUUUUGCCAUGAGAUCCAUAUCAUUCAGUUUGCAGUUGUCCAACAGCGGCUGGCCAUCACUGGAAGCCAUCCAGGCAUGAUGCUACUCUGUCACAACUCUGCAAAAACAUCAGGCCAAAGUCCCCAGCCUGCAAGCAGCAAUGGCAACAGUGAACUGGCACCACCAACAUGCUCUUCUCAGAACCAGCCUUCCAAGCUGCCAAAGAGAGUGUGCUGGAAGGACAUUGAACUCUUCAUUCUACAGAAUCAAGAUGAAGCCUGUGAUGUGCCUUGUAUGGUUAUCAACUUCCACAACCUGAAGCAUCAGCCAGAAGGUGCUGGUGGGACAAAAUUCUUCAUGCAUGGUGAUUACCAACUUGCAUACUGUUCUAUCACGCGCAUCAUCACAUUGGCAUUUUGUGAUACUGUUUUCAAGAAUGACUGUCUGACACCCGAGCUAUCCUGGUGCCUAAAGGUGCCCAAGUGCUGUGAAUCUCUUCCAAUUUACUGGAAAGAGGAUAUGCUGGGGGUGCCUGUCCUGGGUGACCUAACAUACAACCUCAUCCUAGAUGUAAUGAGAUGUCUUGAUCGGGAUGCAGGCCUGGAGGACCCAUUGAAUUCUUAUACCUAUCAGCACUGGACUGCAAAUAAGGCAAACUGUAACUUCACCGACCAAGAGCAAAACCAAAUACUAGGUCACGCUAGAUCAUGGGUUUUCAAGAAACACUACCAGAAAGAGUUUAUUGGUUAUGACAUGCAGCAUUUUGUCCUUUUGUGUCUCCACCAGGAAGGCUUGUUAAAACAGGCUGCAAGCAUGCUCAGGAACCAGAACCUCUGUGCACUCUCUGGUCUGAUCAAGAAGCAAUUGCAAGCCAUCUACAGAGAUUUCUGUAUUCUUAGAUUACAGCAAGAGAAGAAAGAGCUGUUUAAAGAGAUGAAGUUGCAGUUAAGAACAUUACAAAAUGCAAAAAAGCUCUGUCCUGAGCUCCAUCAGAGACAUCACGAGAUGGAGAAGGAGCUGACCAGGUUGAGAAAGACUCUGAGAACUGCACCAGUGCACAAGGUCAACAGGCAAAUCAACCAGAUGCUGGGGAUAGGUCCAGAGAAAGAUGCUAUGGAGGUUGAUGAGGACUGGGAGCUACCUAUCCCCAAAUACACAUUCCCCAAAAGGGCACAGCUGGUUGAAUGA